AAUGUAAGCCAACUUGGCUCAUUUUUUUUUAGUUCUUAAAUCAUAAGAAUGUGUCCAAUAUUAAGAUAUCAAUGGUACUCAAUAUGAAGGAUAAAUAAGACUCAUUUAACCAAAUGAACAAAAAUUAGUAUUCAAUUAUACUCGUAAUUUGGCAACUAAUGAAUCUAAUGAUAAUAAAUAAGUUCAAUUCAAAGAUUUAACUUAUUUGAAAGUACAAAAUCAAAUAUAGCAAUCUCAGAUUGUUGAGAAAUCAAAAUCUGAAAAAAAAACUAAAACAUUUGUUAGAUGGGAAUAAAAUGUGGAUGCCUCUAAUUUAGAAGAUUAAACAGUUAAAAACUUUGAUCAAUUUGAAGCUAUUAAAAAAUUUGGAAUUGAACCUACUUAUGAUGAGAAUAAAUAUACAACCAAAUUGAUAGCACCAGUGACUGAAGAUUUAAGAUUAUAUGCAGAAAAAUGUGAAAAAGAAUUGAAAAAUGACACAUCUAAUAAACAUGUCUUAGAAGAGAGAAAUCUUAAACAAUUAGAUGAUGAAGAAUAAGCAUAUUCAGAAGUUAUCAGAGAAUAACCAUAAUAAAUGACCCAAAUUCAACAAACAAUUUAAACAUAAUUAACUCCUCCUCCAAUUAAAUUUUUCAAUUCAAAUAAAUAAAAAGAAAAAAAUAACAAAAUAUCAUAUAUUGAGAAAUUAUUAGAACCAACAAAUCUUAUUUCGGAUGAACCUGAAUAAUAACUUAAAAUUAAAUAGGUUAAUUAAGAACCCACAACAAAGUAAUAUUUAUAUAUUAUCUAUAAUAGAUUCAAAUUUUAAUAGACUACCACUAAUAAUAUUCCUAAAUUAAUGCUUUCUAAUUUCAUUAAUGCAAUUGAAGGAUAUAAAUGGUAAAAUAUGAAUCCAGACCCAACCAAAAACAAAAAAGAAAAACUCAAAAAAUGA